AUGGCAUCCUCUCAGUCCCCGCUGGUAGCAACCCUACUGCCUGGUCUUCUUUCUUCGGCCACCUCCCCCGCGAGAUCAUCCUCAUUUGCGGCUUCUUCUAUCCACCAACUCUUUGUCGCGCCAUCAAAUUCAACUUCAGGAACUCCUCAUGACCAUGAUGGAAAUAAUGGUGGAAGCAUGCAUGAAUGGUCAUCGCUGAUCGGUAUUAUCACGGCUUUAUGCGGCAAUGUUCUGAUCUCAUUAGCCCUCAAUAUCCAACGCUACGCGCACAUUCGGAUCGCAAGGGAAUGGGAGCAGGCAAAGAUCCGCAACGGGGAACUUGGAAACAAUGGAUCGCGUGCUGGGUCAAGAGGAAGAUCCCGGGAGCAAUACCGAGACUCCGAGCAGGAUGAUUUCGGACCUUAUCGCGACGACGAUAGCGACGAUACCGAGGGGAGGAACACUGGUUCAAGCUCGCGGGACAUUAGCACCGGAAGCAAGGAUGGCGCAGACGGCAACCGCAAAUCCUACCUCAAGUCUCCGUACUGGUGGAUUGGAAUCGUGCUCAUGGUUGUAGGGGAAAUGGGCAAUUUCAUGGCCUACGGCUUCGCACCGGCCUCCAUUGUCUCGCCCUUGGGUGUUGUGGCUUUGAUAUCAAAUUGCAUUAUUGCGCCAUGCUUGCUCAAGGAGAAAUUCCGCAAGCGGGAUCUCUGGGGCGUGCUCGUCUCUAUUGCUGGUGCCGUCAUUGUGGUCCUCAGUGCUAAAUCGUCCGAAGAACAAAUCGGGCCUCAUGAAAUUUGGGUGAACAUUACGCGAUGGGAAUUCCAGCUUUAUCUUGGAUUGACCACCUCGCUGAUUAUCGGUCUCAUGUGGGCAAGCCACCGGUAUGGCUCGAGGUCGAUUCUUAUCGAUGUUGGGCUCGUGGGAUUGUUUGGCGGAUAUACGGCACUUUCUACGAAGGGUGUCUCUUCACUUCUAUCUGGUACAUUGUGGCAUGUUAUUACAUUCCCUAUUACCUAUCUGCUUGUCUUCGUCCUUGUUUUUAGCGCAUUGAUGCAAGUCCGUUACAUCAAUCGUGCUCUGCAACGCUUCGAUUCCACCCAGGUGAUCCCGACGCAGUUUGUUCUUUUCACCCUCGCUGUCAUCAUAGGAAGUGCGGUCCUUUACCGUGAUUUUGAAUCAAUAACGGCCGAUCGUGCCACAAAGUUUGUUGGCGGGUGUUUGUUGACUUUCCUUGGGGUUUCCUUCAUCACCAGCGGCAGAGUCCGCGCCGAUGAUGAGUCGUCAUUCUCAUCCGAAGACGAGGAGGGGUCCAUUGGUUUACUCAAUGGGGAAAGAUAUCAUGACAGGAUUGAUUUGACUCCGCCUGGUCGCCAAUUGCCGAAGAUAUCAGAUGCUUCCACAGAAGCACACUAUGAUGUCCCACAGUCUCCGAGAGGGUCCAUAUUGAGCCGAGGCAUUGAUGAACUUGAUGACGAUCAGUUUACUCCUAGAGGUAUUCUUUCUGCCGCGCCCUCUUCGCCUCGUGCAUCUUUCAUCGAUGCAUCUCCCCUGUCUGCUCCGUCAUUUGACUACACUUCCCCGUUGCGGCCGCCAUCUCGCAUGUCGAACCCAUGGGCGGACAUCGAGGAGCAGGCUGUCGUGACCCCGGAGUCUGAUAUUCGCCCCGUUACCCCUCCUGGACAGGAAAAUGAGGCAGUACAGUCUUCCACGGUUCUUUUGCGGUUCCCUCCUGCCCCUGGUCUUGAAGAAGCAGCGGAGACCAAUGGGAACGCUGGUACCGCGCGACGUGCUUCAACCCCCACACUUUUGGACCAAACCAACCACCCUAUUAGCAAUGAGACUACCCUGGAAACACCAUCGCGGCGGGCUUUGCGCAACUCUAUCUCUCGUUUCUCCCCUGGCCCUCUCCUUCCCACACUUUCCGGUGGCUUCUCUGCCGUAGUCGCUGAUUCUAUCCGGCGUGGCGAUGGUAGCCCUCUCAAGGAUCGGACAAGGCGGAAAUUGGGACGUCGGCGUCAGCUCGACGGCGCUUUCGCAGAUCCGUCUCUUGUUGAAGGAAACAAUGACACAGCGCUUUCCCUUGCAACUUCUCGACUCCAGUCCGCCACGGACAGACCUACGGAGGCUGGCCGUUCGACGUCAGCUCUUGCGGCAGACGCAAAUACUAUACCAGCUCAACCCACCAACGAAGACGUGACCCGUCUUCGCAGCUUCAGUGACUCGUGGAGUGGUGGCCUUGCGUGGCUGGGUGGUGCUCUCCGUAAACCCCAGACCAAAACAGCGGAAGGUGUUGCUGCCAUAGGAACGCCAACACCAGACAAUGAGAUACAGCCUGGGCCAAGCCACAAUCCCGGUGAUUCUGACACCGAGACGGAAGCUCGGCGAUAA